ACUCAAUCAGCAGUCUACAUAGAAAUAUAAAACUCGAGCAUCCAGUCCCUCUUUUGUCAAUCUUUCAUUGGUUUCUCAUCACUCUUUCCUCUUUUUUAUCUUUAUCCAUCAAUGGAGCUCCAAGCUUCCUGGUUCUUGCAUUUUCUUCAAGACCCCUGCUUUUGCUUUCUUUUAUUCUCUUUCCUCGUCUUUUCUCUGCUGCUGCUCUGCUUACUAAGACUGAAGAAGCCUUGGUGCAACUGUGAAAUUUGCAACGCUUAUCUCACGUCGAGCUGGUCGAAAAAGUUUGACAAUCUUUGUGAUUGGUAUGCUCAUCUUCUGAAAAAAUCUCCGGGUAGAACCAUCCACAUACAUGUUCUUGGAAACACGAUCACCGCCAACCCGGAUAACGUGGAGUACAUGCUCAAAACAAGAUUUGAGAAUUACCCUAAAGGCAAAUCCUUCUCUGUCAUCUUGGGUGAUUUUCUGGGUCGGGGUAUAUUCAACGUGGACGGGGAGUUAUGGAGAUUCCAGAAAAAGAUGGCGAGUCUAGAGCUCAACAGGUACUCCCUAAGAUCGUACGCGUUGGAGAUUGUCAAUGACGAGAUUAAGAGCCGGCUUCUCCCGCUUUUAUCCAAAAAAGAUGGGGUUUUGGAUUUACAGGACGUGUUUCGAAGAUUUUCCUUCGAUUGCAUAUGCCGAUUCUCGUUCGGUCUGGACUCCAGGUGCCUGGAGUUGUCACUACCCAUGUCGGAAUUCGCUGUUUCCUUUGACCUAGCUUCGAAAUUGUCGGCCGAGAGAGCCAUGACCGUCUCUCCGCUUGUUUGGAAAAUCAAGCGGAUGCUCAAUCUAGGUAGCGAGAAGAAAUUAAAAAAAGCUAUUAGCGUGAUCAACGUUUUGGCACAAGAAGUCAUUAGGCAGAAGCGUAAAGUGGGAUUUUCCACUCACAAAGAUCUCUUAUCCCGGUUCAUGAGCUUUGUAAACGACGAAAUAUAUUUGAGAGACAUCAUCAUAAGCUUCCUCUUAGCUGGCCGCGACACGGUUGCUUCAGCCUUGACUAGCUUCUUCUGGCUGUUGGCUAACCACCCGGACGUCGGGUCAGCACUCCGGCAAGAGGCCGAUCGAGUCAUCGGAGAAAACCGGGAGCUCACAAGCUUCGAACAACUCCGGGAGCUUCAUUAUUUUCAAGCUGCAGUGUACGAGAGCAUGAGACUGUAUCCACCAAUACAAUUCGAUUCAAAGUUUUGUCAAGAAGACGAUGUCCUUCCCGACGGGACUUUUGUGAGGAAAGGCACUAGGGUUACUUACCAUCCCUACGCAAUGGGUCGGGUCGAAGAAAUAUGGGGUUCGGAUUGCUUGGAAUUCAAGCCAGAAAGGUGGUUGAAGGAUGGUGUGUUCUUCCCGGAAAACCCCUUCAAGUACCCUGUUUUCCAAGCUGGGCUUAGGGUCUGUUUGGGCAAAGAAAUGGCUCUAGUGGAGCUCAAGACUGUCGCUCUUUCAUUGCUUCGUCGAUUCCACAUCGACUUGGCGACACCGAGCCGCUCGCCGCGGUUCUCCCCCGGGCUCACCGCCUCUUUCAGCGGCGGACUGCCGGUUUUGGUACGAGAAAGAUCAGAAACUGCUUUAUAAUUCAUAUAAUCAUCAUCACAUAUAUAUAUAUAUAUAUAUAUAUAUAUAUAUCUGGAUAAAGUUUGAAUGAUUCUUCAACAUUGCAACUAUUAUGAUGCAUAUUUAGUUUCAUCAUCAUGCCUAGCCGUACGUGCACAAAUGAGAUUGCAGGUUGUACUGAUGCAGAGGAAUGUGACGUUCGCUGUGAUGUCUACAUAGGGCACUUGCAAAUACCAGUAUGUCUGGUUGGUGUCGGUAGCUUUCUUUUUUAUCUUGAUUAUGUAGCUGGUGUUUUUGACUGUGCGGAUAGACAUUCCUUCGUGGAAUUUUAAUGUUAAUUUAGACCUUCCGCCAGUUUUGUUUACUACUCCAUUAUAAGCUACAAAAUUUGACUUAUACAAGGUUUUGAGGAAGAUGAGCA